AUGUCCGCCGAAUUAAGAUUGCAGAGGUACAAUAUUGAUAAUCCAAGGUGGGACCAAAGUAGAUUUUUGGGACGUUUGCGUUAUUUUAUAACUAUUACUGAUCCGCUGAAAGCAUUUGCUAGCCAGGACACACUUCAAUAUAGCAAACGAUUGCUUGAAUUAUACAGGGUUGGCAAAGAGCCAUGUGGUACUACUAUGGAAGAUUUGCAGCGCGCUCAAGCGUUUUAUGGUUCAGCGUUUCAUCCGGACACUGGCCAAUUGCAAACACUACCGGGACGUAUGUGCGCUAAUGCAUGGGGUGGUACAUUGCUUUGCGGAGCAAUGAUGCUGUGGUACAAGAGUACAAAAGCCAUAGUUUUCUGGCAGUGGGCUAAUCAGUCCUUCAAUGCACUUGUCAAUUAUACCAAUCGGAAUGCGCAAAGUCCUUUAUCAAAAAGGGAUUUACUGGUUGCGUACACCUCAGCGGUUACUGGUGCACUUGGCGUUGCUGUAAGCUUAAAGAAUUAUCUAGCAAAGCGUGCGUUUUCGCCCCUGUUCCAGCGUUUCGUGCCUUUGGUUGCGGUAGCAGUUGCAAAUGCCAUCAAUAUCCCCUUCACACGACAAAAUGAGCUACUUGAUGGCCUUCCAGUGACGAAUGAAGCAGGACAAGUAGUAGGGAAAUCAAAGAUGGCAGCAUAUAAAGCAAUAACUUUGGUGGUGUUUUCACGUAAUGUUAUUGUGACUCCAAGCAUGUUACUUGUACCCCUUAUUAUGAAUGCUAUGGAGAAAUGCAACUGGUAUAGCAAUCGCGCAAAAUUCUUGAACAUACCAGCGCAGCUUGUACUUACUUUUAUCUUAUAUGGAUCAAUGGUACCAGUCGGCUGUGCACUAUUUCCGCAAAUCAAUAGUGUUAAAGCUACAACAUUGAUGCACUACGAACCAGCAACCUAUGAAGAACUGAAAGGUCACAUGGGCAUGAAUAUGCCUGCAACACAGCGUGUUUUUUUCAAUAAGGGAUUGUGA